AUGUCUCAUCUCAAGUAUUACUCCUAUGAAGGCGUAGGCCAGAGAAAUCUCGCUGGUUUCAGCUACAACCAGGCAGUGAGAAUUGGUGACCGCAUUGAAUGCUCUGGUCAAGGCGGAUGGGAUCCCAAGACGGGCGAGUUUUACAAGGAAAUCAACGCUCAAAUAGAUCAAGCAUUCGCCAAUGUGGAUCUCAACCUCAAGGAUGCUGGCGGAACAGGCUGGGAGCAGGUUUUCCGGGUCAACUCGUACCAUGUGCCGAUUAACGACGAAGCUUUGGCAGCCAUGGUACGGAACUUCAGAAAGUGGAUGCCGAACCACAAGCCGAUUUGGACGUGUGUGGGAGUACCAAGGCUUGGGGAGGACGAUAUGCGGGUCGAAAUUGAGGUUGUUGCUCAUGUCCCGGAGGCAGCCUCAAAGGUUUAG